AUGAGAGGCCGACCGGAAUACGCCGACAACAGCGCUUUGAUCAGGAAACUGGACUCCACAGAGUUUCGAGUCGCACUCACCGGCUGGAUCUCGCAGCAGUGCGAAAAUGAGCUGCAGGCUGAUGCGGUCCAUGAUGACAGUCUCUCCACACCUGACCGGGAAAGUGACCUUGACCAAGAGCCGGAAGUUUUUGCAAGAGGCAUGGCCAGCGGACACAUAAGCAAGCAUCCGGACGCGUCGACACCUAGUCAAAACAAACCCAACGCGGCGACAGGCACGGCAGAAACGGCAGGGUCUCCUGGUAGGGGAGACACGCGACGUGAUGAGACGGCGGCUGCGAGGACCACUCCACGGCAGCCACUGCCAGGGUCAAGGCCCGACGAUGAUUCACCAUCUGAAGAAGACGCCUACGGGUGGCGAGGGAGACCGACAUCAGCUCGCAAGAACAAAGCAGUCACUAAGUUCCCCAACACGCCCCCAAUGUCAGGCCAGUCCCCUAUUCAGGCCAAGGCCAAGACGAAGACCACGACUAACAAGACCAAGAAGGGGGCUGACUGGAGAGCGGGCUUUCGGGCAGGUAAAUAA